GGAGAGGAGCGGCGGCCGCGCUGAAGCCAGAGCCAUGAGCCACCAGAUCCUGCUGCUCCUGGCCGUGCUGACCUUGGGCCUGGCUACCUUCCAACACCGAGACAAGGUGCCCUGUAAGAUGGUGAACAAAGAGGCCUUAUGCCAGUGCCUUGGCCUACUCCAGGUCCCCUCGGUACUCCCGCAGGACAUCAAGGCCCUCAACCUGUCUGGAAACCAGCUACAGAGCAUCCUGGCCUCCCCUCUGGGCUCCUACACAGCACUUAGUCACCUAGACCUGAGCUCCAAUGAGAUCAGCUUCCUCCAGCCAGGUGUCUUCCAGGCCCUGCCCCACCUGCAGCACCUCAACCUGGCCCACAACCGCCUAGCACUGAGCACUGGUGGCCUGGGCCCCCUGCUGCACGUGAAGUUCCUGGACCUGUCUGGGAACAGCCUGUACAGUGGCCUGGUGGAGCAGCUGCUGGGGGAGGCGCCAGUCCUGCGCAUCCUCACACUGGCGGAGAACAGCCUGACUCGCCUUGCCCGCCAGACCUUCUGGGGCACACCUGCACUUGAGCACCUGGACCUACAUAGCAACGUGCUGAUGGACAUUGAGGAUGGCACUUUCGAGGCCAUGCCCCACCUGACCCACCUCAACCUCUCCAGGAACUCCCUCACCUGCAUCUCCGACUUUAGCCUCCAGCAGCUGCAGGUGCUGGACCUGAGCUGCAACAGUAUCGAGGCCUUUCAGAUGGCCCCAGAGCCCCAGGCCAGGUACCAGCUCACCUGGCUUGACCUGCGGGAGAACAAACUGCUCCACUUCCCUGAUUUGGCCGCACUCCCCAGACUCACCUACCUGAAUGUGUCCAACAACCUCAUCCGUCUCCCUGCGGGGCCACCCCAGGGUGACAAGGCCAUCCAUGCACCUUCUGAGGGCUGGUCAGCCUCACCCCUCUCGAACCCUAGCCGGAAUGCCAGCACCCACCCCCUCUCCCAGCUCUUGAAUCUGGAUUUGAGCUACAAUGAGAUUGAACUUGUCCCCGAGGGCUUUCUUGAGCAUCUGACCUCCCUGCGUUCCCUGAGCCUCAGCCGAAACUGCUUGCGGGCCUUUGAAGCUCGGCGUGCAGGCUCCCUGCCCUGCCUGGUGCUCCUGGACAUCAGCCACAAUGCGCUGGAGACACUGGAGCUGGGCACCAGAGCCCUGGGCAAUCUACGGACGCUGCUCCUACAGCACAAUGCCCUGCGGGACUUGCCCCCAUACACCUUUGCUGGCCUGGCUAGCUUGCAGAGGCUCAACCUACAGGGGAACCGUGUCAUCCCCUGUGGGGGGCCAGGGGGGCCUGGACCCUCAGGCUGUGUGGACUUCUCUGGCAUCUCCUCCCUCCGCAUUCUAAACUUGGUGGACAAUGAGAUGGAGAUGCUCAGGGCAGGUGCCUUCCUCCAUACACCGCUUACCGAGCUGGAUCUCUCUUCUAAUCCUGGGCUGGAUGUGGCUACAGGGGCCUUGGCGGGCCUGGAGGCCUCCUUGGAGGUCCUGGCCCUGCAGGGCAACGGGCUGGAGGUCCUGCAGGUGGACUUGCCUUGCUUCAGCUGCCUCAAGCAUCUCAAUCUCGCCGAGAACCGCCUAAGCCGCCUGCCGGCCUGGACGCAGGCCGUGUCUCUGGAGGUGCUGGACCUGAGGAACAACAGCUUCAGCCUGCUGCCAAGCAGUGCCAUGGGUGGCCUGGAGACCAGCCUCCGGCGCCUCUACCUGCAGGGGAAUCCACUCAGCUGCUGUGGCAAUGGCUGGCUGGCGGCCCAGCUGCACCAGGGCCGUGUGGACGUGGAUGCCACCCAGGACCUGAUCUGCCGCUUCAGCUCCCAGGAGGAGGUGUUCCUUAGCCAUGUGCGUCCCGAGGACUGUGAGAAGGGGGGGCUCAAGAAUGUCAACCUCAUCAUCAUCCUCACCUUCACACUUGUCUCUGCCGUUGUCCUCACCAUGCUGGCCACCUGUUGCUGUGUCCGCCAGCAGAAGUUCAACCAGCAGUACAAAGCCUAGAGAAUCCAGACUGCAGAACAGCUCAGCCAGACCACUCUUCCAGGAAAGUGAGGGAGCCGGAGGCACAGAGGAGGGUGAGGUCUCACUCAAGGUCACACAGUGAGCCAGGGUCCCAGAACCCUGGUCUCUAAAUCCCAGCCCAGGGCUCCCUUCCCUUCAUCCUGCUGCAUCAGUAGGCGACGCACUUCCCCGGCCGCACAUGUGGUCCAGCUGUGGAAGCUGGAAGUUGAGCAGUACUGGGAGUGACAAAGAAUGAGAAUGACCCAUCAGAUCAACAAAUCUUCACCAGACAGCUGUAUUGUGCCACACCUUGCUCCGGGCACUGGUGACACUGGUGAAAGAGACACACCCCUGCCUUCAAGCAUCUCCUGGUCUGGAUGGGGAGGCAUCACAGAGCUGGGUAGCAACCACACAGAGUGUGGAGCCCAGGGCUUCAGAGCUUGGUAGCGCAAGCUGAGUGCGGAGAGUCCUGCCCCGCCAGGCUAGGGCCAGGGAGGGGAAAGACCAAGAGGAUUUGUCUGAGACCUUUCCAAGCAGACUGUCUGUCACAUCGUCUGAUAAUGACUUUCAGCUUCUCUGGAACAUGAAGGACUUGUAACUGGAAGAGAACUGGAGCCACAUGAGUACGUCUUAGAUCCAGCACUAUCAGACAGGCUGUGACGGCUCCAGUAGGUCCUGAUUAAAAGGCUAUUGCCCUGGGAUCCGGCCAGCACUGGACUGUUCUGUUUCCUGCUCUGGACAGACUUUUUGCCCACCUGGCACUCUCGUGUUGCACACACUGGCCCAAAUGCUGCCUACGCCCGCACUCCCUGCUCUGUCCCAGCCCCAGCCUGGCUGGGAGACAGGAAUUAAAGCCUAGGUCUCUGGUUCUGUUUUGCACCAGGCUUGGCAGCUGUAACAAGCCCAAGCCUUCAUCUGCCUCUGUAUGACAACCCUCUGAGGUUGGUACUUUAUCCCAUUUUAUAAAAGAGGCUCCAAGUCUCCCUCUAGGAUGUCCCAGCUCAGAAGACAUACUGAGAUUCCGAAUCACGUCAUCCUGACUCCAGGGACAGAGCUUUGCCACUGCGGGGCUGCAGGCUCAGGUGGACAGAAGUGCCCCCAUUACUGGAGCAGGGCCUGGGAGCAUCCUGUGCUGUACAUCCCACCAGCUCCUUUCCCUCCACUCUCUCAGGCAGGCAGAGAGAAGACAGGCAGCCACAGGCCCUCUCCUUCUCUGCCUCAGUUUCCCUCAUUCCCUCCUUUGCAGACUGGCGUGGGUUCUCCUUUUUCUCUUCUCUUGCAUUCCCAUUCUCCAAUGAGCAUGGUCUAGAGCGUGAGACCAUUGAGUCCCACCUCCUCAUUGCACAGAUAGGGAAACUGAGGCUUAGGAAGAGAAAGGGACUUGCUCAGAGAUGCACAAGUCAGUGGCAGAGCCUGUGGAGAAAAAUAGAUUCAGACCUCAGCAGGGGUUCAGGGAGGAGGGUGCAGGGGGGUAUUAGGGAUUGGACCUGAGUGGUUUCCUUCUCUUUUAGCUGUCACAUCACAAGAUAACGCUGGCUCCAAAUGCUCUUUCUGGUUCUCAUCAUGCAGGGAUCCUCCCACUAGAAAAAUGGGUAAAAAAAAAAACCUUCUAGAUCUAACCCCCUGCCCCUUAUACCCAAGGAAGCACGAGCUGUCCCAGAAGAAAGGAGGCCCUGGGACCAGCCCAGGACUCUGUGCUGUUGUCUUCACCUCCCACCUGUGCUUGGCCAUGGUCUGGCUCAGGACGGUGCUGGGUAAAGUGUGAGACAGUGAAAACUCUGCUCUCUCUGCCCCAUUUUACAGAUGAGAAAACUGAGGCCCAGAGAGGGUCAAAGACUCAGGGAGUCAAUAGCAGAGCCAGGGCUAAAACUUGGUGUGCUAGCCCCAUCUGGGGCCCUGGGGGCCUGGGGGCCUGAGGGGCAGCUCAGGGGACCCAGUCCUGGUUGGGAUUGCGACUACGGGUGCUCACUGCACACAUUCUUUCUCAGGCUUGGGGGCAGAUGUGGGCCCCUCCGCGCUUGAUCUUUGAAAACACUACAAAUGCUGCUCUCACCUCCAAGGAACCAGGCCAUAGCCCAGGUCUUGGGACCAGCUCUUUGUAUAACCCAUGUGAAUGUAUUAAAAAAUAAUUUUGGAGGAA